CCCGGCCAUCGGCCCUGAUAUAGGAACCCAAGAUAUGCGAGGUGCGCGGAAGCGGGAGCUGGUGUUGCUUGCUGUGGUGGUGGUGGUGCUGCUUGGGCUGCGCACGCUGAACAACAACAACAACAGCAGCAGCAGCGGCAGCGGCAGCAGCACUAGCACUGGCACUGGCACUGGCGAUGGUGGCAGUGGUGGCAAUGGUGUGGUGCCAAGGGGACAAGGGGACGAUGCGCCUGUGCUGGAGGAUCUGCGUCGAAUGCAAGCAAAGCAGGACAUGCUUGCGCAGCAGCAAAAGCUGGAGGCGGAGAACGCGGAGAAGGAGCGGCAGCUGCAAGAACGGCAAUGGCAGGCAGAAGCCGAGGCGCAGCUCAAACGAAAGCAAGAAGAGCAGCAACAACAACAGCAGCAGCAGCAAGGGCAGCAACAACAACGCGCAGUUGCUGCUGCUGCUGGUGGCGGUGCCUGGUGGCAGCCGGUGCAUCUUGAGCUGGACCUGCCAAAGAACAUCCGCGACGACCCCAUCCUCAACUCGCGCGAGUCCAUGUACAGGCAGUAUGGGUUCAACCUGAAAAAGUCCAACGAGCUGCCGCUCGCCCACGAUGUGCCUGAUAUCCGGUCAGACGAGUGCAAGGCCAUCACGUACCCCAGGGGCAUGCCCAAGUCCAGCGUCAUCAUCAUUUAUUACAACGAGCCCUUGUCCACGCUGCUGCGCAACGUCGUGAGCGUGCUCAACCGCACCCCGCCCGAGCUGCUUGGCGAGAUUCUGCUCAUCGACGACAACAGCACGCUGCCAGAGCUGCAGCUGCUCCCAAAGCACCUGAAGAAGCUCAAGGUCCCGGACGGCAUGAUCAAGCUCUUCCACCGGCACGUGCACGACGGGAUUGUCGGGGCGCGCGUGCGCGGGGCGCAGGAGGCGUCCCACCCGAUCCUCGUCUUCCUCGAUAGCCACAGUGAGGUGUCGCCCGGGUGGAUCGAGCCCCUGGUUGCCCGCAUCCACGAAGACCGCACGCGCGUGGUCGUGCCCAACAUCCGCGGCAUCGACCUGGACAAGCUGGACCUCUUCCCCGGCGAGCUGUGGCCGCCCGCCAAGGGCAGCUUCAACUGGCGCCUCACCUUCACCAUUGUGCCCGCAAACAUCGACCGCGAUCUUGUUGGCGAUGGUCACCCACACACGCGCCCCAUCAGAAGCCCCGUCAUGCCAGGAGGGCUGUUUGCGAUUGACAAGGACUUGUUCUUUCAGCUGGGCGCGUACGAUCCCGAGAUCAAGUACUACGGCGCCGAGCACGUGGAGCUGUCCUUUCGCGUGUGGCAGUGCGGCGGGUCGAUGGAGUGGAUUCCUUGCUCCAAUGUCGGGCACAUCUAUCGCGAGUUUAACCGCUUUAGCGUGGACCCAAAGCUCAAGUCCGUCAACGUCGGCUACUACCUCGACCGGAACGACAUUCGCGUCGCAGAGGUGUGGAUGGACGAGUACAAGAAGAUCUUCUACGACUUCCGCCACCUGCAUGGAAAGGAGUUUGGGGACGUGUCAUCGCGGCGGCAGGUGCGCGAGGCAAACCAGUGCCGCUCCUUCAAGUGGUAUCUCGACAACGUCGCCUACGACGUGUUUGUGCCGGACAUUGACGCAACGCCGGGCCAGAUUGCGUCCAAGGACGAGGCGCAGUGCCUGUCCAACAACGGCGUGAAGGACGACGGCCCCGUCACGCUGCAGUCGUGCGCGCCGCACAACGACCAGCAGCAGUGGGUGGUUUCUCCGCGUGGGUACAUCUACCUCAACCACUACCCGCGCGUCACGCUGCUGUGCCUGCGCGUCGACACCAUUGCGCUUGUGGGCCGCAGCGAUGCGCUCACGUUUGAAAGGCGCGGCAGCCGCCUCCAUAACAAGGCGGACCCUUCCUCCUGCCUUGCGCGCACACCAGACAACCGCCUGCACCUCCAGCCGUGCGCGGCACAGUCCAGCGACAGCGCCAGCACUGUGCAGACUGCAGCCCUGCAGGCGCAGGUGUGGGAGUUCAAGCCCGCCGAGCACGCACCGCGCCGUAUUGCGGCAGCAGGCGUGCCACCUGGCACGGAGGUGUUUGUCAUGUCGACGGGGAAAUCGGGCACGUGCUUGGACAACAUGCAGCAGCAGCGCGGCGUGCCUGGCCUGUACGGCUGCCACGGCGGAUUCACCCAGCAAUGGGUCCUCGACACGGAGGGCCACUUGGCAAGCGCCACCAUGGCGGACGCGUACAUCGGGCUCUCGCUAGCCGUGCGGCAGGGCGCGUGCACCCCAGACCAGGACGACUACAUGUGGAUCCACAAGGAGAAGCGCUUCUCGCCAAAGCUGCAGCCAACACACUGCCUCACCCGCGGCAAGCAGGACGACGUGCAAAUCCUGCCCUGUGACGAGGACAGCGAUGCGCAGAGCUGGUCCUUCGUGGCCGCGCCAAAGAACUACUGAGGGCAAAGAAAUACGUGUGCACGUGCAUGCUGCAUGCAAAGCCGUGAUUAGCAAGCAGCACAGCGUCGCUGUGUCUUUGCUGAAGGAUGUUGCAGGUUGCUUCCGUUGUUGCUUUCGUGUGUGUGCAUGUGGUGCAUGUGUGUGCGCGCAU